ACCUGCCGCUGCCGGCGCUGGGCUCGGGGCGCGGAGGGGCGCGCAGCCGGUGAGCAGCGCUGGGCUCGGGGCGCGGAGGCGGCUGGUGGCCAGGGCCAGCUCUACGGCGGGUGAGUGAAGCCGCAAGGAGGAGCUUAGUACUCCUGGAUGGUUGAAACCUUGGCUGGCAGCAUCAGCCAAGCAGUGCAGCAGAAGCCAUGUCUCUGCCCUUCCGAAAAGAGCUGGAGAAAUACAAGAAUAUCAACGAAGAUGAAAUACUCAGCAAGCUCUCUGAGGAUGAGUUGAAACAGCUAGAGCAUGUUCUUGAUGACCUUGAUCCUGAGAAUGCCUUGCUCCCAGCUGGAUUUCGGCAAAAGGACCAGACCACUAAAGCAGCCACGGGGCCUUUCGACAGAGAACGCCUGCUCUCCUACCUGGAGAAGCAAGCGCUGGAGCACAAGGACAGAGAAGACUUUGUACCAUUUACGGGGGAAAAGAAAGGAAAAAUAUUUAUCCCUAAAGAGAAGCCCAUAGAAACCCGUACAGAAGAGAAAGUGACCCUGGAUCCGGAACUAGAAGAAGCCCUGGCCAGCGCCUCAGAUACUGAGCUGUAUGACCUUGCAGCUGUACUUGGAGUGCACAACAUGGUCAACAACCCAAAAUUUGACGAAGGUGGAGCACGCAGUAAAGAUGGGAAAGGAACCGUCAGAAUGAGGUCUUGUGUUGCAGAUGUGGUGAAAGGUGAAAAGGUCAAGCCCAUCUUUGAGGAGCCACCUAACCCAACCAAUGUGGAAGCAAGUUUACAAAGGAUAAAAGCAAACGAUCCUAGUCUUGUGGAAAUUAAUCUCAACAACAUAAAGAAUAUUCCUAUUCCAACACUGAAAGAAUUUGCAAAAGCUUUGGAAAGCAACACGCAUGUGAAGACAUUCAGCCUUGCAGCUACUCGAAGCAACGACCCUGUGGCUAUUGCAUUUGCAGACAUGUUGAAAGUGAACAAAACACUGAAGAGUCUGAAUGUAGAAUCCAACUUCAUCACUGGGAUGGGUAUUUUGGCACUGAUCAAUGCACUGAAAGAGAACGAAUCCCUGACAGAGAUUAAAAUUGACAACCAGAGGCAGCAGCUGGGGACAGCUGUAGAGAUGGAGAUUGCUAAGAUGCUGGAGGAGAACUCCAGGAUUCUCAAGUUUGGAUAUCAGUUCACAAAGCAAGGUCCAAGAACCAGGGUAGCAGCAGCUAUCACUAAAAACAACGAUCUAGUUCGUAAAAAGCGGGUGGAGGGAGAGCGGCAGUAGCGAAACCAUAGAGGACACGAAGCAAGACUGGAGGCAACCAACAACAGCAAUCUCAGAGUGCUCGCUGCUCAGAAGGGAAGGCAGCAGGAAACCAUUGCAAUGGGAGGUGAUUGUUUCUGUUGAUGUCUCCUCACAACCUUGAACACACAGCCUUUUUAUUUUUACCUUUUGCAGUUAAUUUUUAUGAGAAAGAUUCGUAGUUGGUUUUGAUUAAUGUAAAAAAUGUCUUGCAAUAUCUGAAGCCAAGAUGCAGAAUCUUAACCAUGUUACUGAGCAUAACAUUUAGCAACUCUGACCCUUAUUUUAGACACCUUUUGAUUGGUUAAAACAUGAUCUUGUGUAUGGAUAAGGGAUUCUUUGCUGAAAAUAGAAAUUUUAGGGCCAAGUUCUGCAAUGCCUUAUGUUUGUGAAUAAUCCUUACUUGUACAUGUAUGGCCCUGCCCAAACUGAAUCCUGCCGUGGGAUGCUCCCAGGAAAAGAACUAGUAAUGCCAGUACAGGUUUGCAGGAUCACAACUCUGAGCCACUCUCCUGCAGCAGGAUCUGGGCAGCUGGAACCUCUUUGGAACAACACCCUUCUGUCCUCUUGGGUCUCCACCCAAGUGCAGGGUCUCGCCUAGCCGUACAAACACUGUCAAAGCCUACUUGUUUACAUAAACUUAGGUUAGGUGGGUAACUUUUGCAAUGUUACACUGAUAUUUGUUAUCCUUACUCCACACUGUAAAGUAAUAUUAGUGCUGCCAAUCCUAUAGACUCUGAAUGUUUUGGGGUUUUCCUAGGCCAACAGGUUUUUAUUUGCUACUAGAACGCAGAGUUUACAGCUAUUAAUCUAAACAAGUAUUCUGAGCAAUAUUUGUUUUGCUUUGAGCCAAGAGUUGAACUUUUUUUUUUAGUUCUCAUAUUGAUGUAUAUUUGUUAGUAUUAUAGAACUGUUCUCAGGACCUUUUAGAUAAAGAUUAAUUAAAUAGCUUGCCUAGAAGAGUGGCUGUGCUACUGGGAAAAAACAUUAAAAAAGGUACUUGUGACAGCUACAUAACUUAACUUUAUAGCUUCCAGUUCAGGUUUGUCCCUGCAUCACGAGGCACUUUGGUAUUUGCAUCAGUGCUGAGCUGAAUAAGGGCAGAUUUAAGCAUGCACAUAAAUGCUUUGCUAAAUCAGGGCCUUAAAACUCAGCUGCUGGGCAUAAUCUUAACCCAGUGGAAACCACUCAUGAAGCAGCAGCAAAGCCCAAGACUCAACAGCAUCAAAAAUGCAGUUAAGAAUUCAGCCUGAUGUUUCAUUUUGCAUGUUUUUAGCCUAAAUCUGUUCUCCAUCACUGUUUUACCACUGCCAACAGUUGUCUCUAACAGCCAGAGGUUCAUUUUAGUUAUCCAGAUACAUGCUGUGAGAGCUAAGAGAAAAUGGGCUUAGGUGUGCCACACAUACCAGUGCUUUCAGGAAGCUGCAGAAGCACACCAGGGACUAAUGCCACUACCCAGGAAGCAUCAGCCUCUCCUGCAAGAGCUCCAUUGGGACAACAGAGAUGAAGCACUGCUUCCUUGCUUCACCUGGGUGAUGGGACAAUGCUGGAUGUCAUGGUCACUGCAGUGUACUUCUGACCCCAUGGGGUUAAGCCUCUGUGCAACUGAGCACCCAGCAAUUAGAAGCCAGAGGAGCCCCAAGAUCAGUCAGAACAGGUUUGGCAUACUUUCCUGAGGGGUGUUUUCAUGACCAGAGCCAGGGUACAAGGAUGAACCCUCCCUCCGUGCCUUUUGUAAUGAAAAGUAGGUCAAGACAAGACUCUUCCUGUUAGAUACUGGUCUUCAUACUGGAGUCCAAACUGAAUAACAUGCACUUAAAUCCCACUAAACCUAGUUUGCUAAAGUGGACUGCUCAGCUAGGAUGUGAGUGCAGUAUCCACAGUUUACUACCCCUGGAGACCUCCUUUACAAUUCCCACCUCUCCUUUCCGUUCCUCGGAAUAAGGCUAAAACUUUAGCUUUGCAAGUAAAGAACGUAACACAUGGGGGAGCCCUGCUGAGAUUUUACCUGCAUCCACGCAGGAUUUUCUGUUAAAACAUUUUGAUAUCCCACUUAAAAAGAAAAAAAAAGAGGAGUUUGUAACACUGUCAGAACUUUAAUAGUCCUUAAAAAGCAUGCAGAUUACCAGGGGAAUCCUGGGCUUUGCAGCAUGAAAUCUUCAUCACCAAAUCCAAAAGAUUAUGGUUACUGACAAACUUCAGUGAUGAGAAUCAGAGUCUGUAUUUUCUUGCCCUUUGGUCCAACCAAGGGAGUCCCAACUAUCAAUCAGAAGUUUCUUUAAUGUGUUUUGAGGAUUUUUUUUUUCCCCUAAAGGUUGUACAUGUAAUGUGUCGAAGGGAAACAAGUGCAAUCCACUUCUAGUCUUAAUUGCCAUUUAAAGUGUUGGUAUUUGCAUGCAGCAGUUUCACAAGGAUGGAUUGGUUUGACUGCUUCACGGUGUCUGCAACAUGUCAUCCUGUCUAGUUUUGCUCAAAGCCACAGAAGUGGUUACAUAGUCAGAUGGCUCCAUCAAUGUCAGCUGUGGUUUGCAUUGUGGACCAACAAGGUAGCUGGCUGCAGAAAGCCUUGUGAGCUCUCCGUCCCUCCUUCAUCUGCCAUGCUUUCUGCACAGGCAUGUUUCCUCUAAAGGGAGGAGUCCUCAGGCACUUGAGAGUACCAGGCACCAGCCCCACCAUGCACUGGAAGACAGUGCCUGAAGCUGCACGUCCAGUGGUGGGUGACCUGAGAGUCAGGCUCCUUCCAUCAGAUAAGGAGAAUUCCUAAUCCCUAGCCAUUUUCUCCAGGUAGAUGCAGCCAGCCCCUGUCAGGAGACUCAAUGACCAGGGAAAUCUCUGUUCUGCCUCUUCUGUGUGCCCCAUGCAGGGAGCUUAGCUAUCACCUGGCUUGAGCAUCACAAGGGAAACAUUGCAACAACAUAAAGAUGUGUUCAGUGCAACAAGAGCACAUGAUGGUGAUGCUUGGAGGCAGAUUUUCAUAUUAACAUAGAAUUACUUAGCUGGUUAAAAAUCCCUGCCACUAGCAUGAAGGGGGGCAGGAUGUGACUAGUUAUUUUACUACUUUCUACUUUCAAGCAACACCUGGCCUACUCAAUGCUGAAUGAAGAACAUGGACAGAAGAGUCCUCUUUUCUUAAGCAAACAUUCAGGAGUAACUGUCUCUUUUCACACAUUGCUUCUGGUGUUGACAGCUUCAGUUUGGUUUCUGGUUUUUAUACAGGUUUUUUCCAUGGAAAAGCUCAACUUUGUGCGUGUCCUAACAUAUCUGUGAGCCGUAGUGUGCACUAAGGGCCGUAUGUGUACAUGUAUAACUCUAGAUGAAGAUGUUCUCUCUGGAAGAAAGGCAAUUGCAUGCGCACAGUGUGGUGCAUAUUACUCGAGAGGAAGAAAACUACCACACUAUGUAACAGUGACUCUCCAGCAGUGUGGUUUUUCUAAAUAAAUCUUGAUAAAGGAUUUGGCUUCUGAAA